AUGGACGGUUCCUCCCUUCCCUACACUUGCAAUACCUGCCUGGUCGCUUGGCGCAGCAGCCAGGUCCAGCGUGAACAUAUGCGCACCGAUUGGCACUUGUAUAACGUGAAGCGCCGUGUCGCUUCCCUGCCCCCCGUUUCGCUCCCAACAUUCAACGAGAAGGUUCUCGCCGUUCAAGCAUCUUCCACCGCCGCUGCCGCCAAGGCCUCGUUCGAAAAGACCUGCGUUGCCUGCCAGAAGACCUUCUACAGUGAGAACUCGUACCAGAACCACAUCAAGAGCUCGAAACACAAGUCGCGCGAGGCACGGAUGAGCCGGGAGCACGCCGAUGAUGCCUCCUCUGUUAUGAGCUCGACCUUCUCGCUCGGAGAGCCGAUUAACAAGACCCAAGAAAAUGACGUUUCCAAGGCUGCUGACAGCCUGAAAGCAGCAACAAUUGAAGAGGAGGAUGAAGGAGAGGACGAGCCUGAUAACGGAGAGUUCUCGCCAUCUCGCUGCCUGUUCUGCAAUAACAAGGAAUCUGAUAUGAACGCCAACAUCGAGCACAUGCUCAAGAGCCACGGCAUGUUCGUCCCCGAGAAGGAGUACCUUGUCGACGCUGAAGGUCUUAUCAAAUGGCUCUACCGCAAGAUCAACGAGAACAACGAAUGUCUCUACUGUCACGCCAUCCGGAACAACCCAGCUGGCGCCCGCACACACAUGCGCGACAAGGGUCAUUGCAUGAUUGCUUUCGAAACCGAAGACGAACAGAUUGAGAUUGGCCAAUAUUACGACUUCCGGAGUACUUACUCUGAUGACGAUGACGACGACUCCACCAGCGAUGUCGCAGACGGCGGAGUCAAGGUCACAUCCGAAGGCGAUGACGACGGCUGGGAAACCGACGCCUCCUCCGUCGACGAAGAGGAAGACGAACAAGAAGAGGAGCAGAAACUAGCCCUCAGCCGCAAGAACAAUGCCGUCGUCCUCGAAGACGAAUUCGAACUCCACCUCCCCUCCGGCCGUACAGUCGGCCACCGCUCCCUCGCCAAGUACUACCGCCAGAACCUACACAACUAUCUCACGCCAUCUGAACGCGAAGAGCGUCAACUCGCCAUUGAAAAUGGCGAGAUCGAACCCGAAGAGCCUAAGCCCCGAGGCCGCAAUCUCAACCGCGCGGUUGUUUCCCGCGCCAACGGUGGCUCGGGCAUGGUUGGUGUUCCGGAGCCGCAGAGACGGGCUGUUACCAAAGCCGAGCACAAGCAGAAUGACCGUGCCCAGCGACAGGAGUUCCGAUACCGUGCCCGUGUUAACAGGGCUGCUAACCACCAGAAGCACUACCGGGAUCCCCUCCUUCAAUGA